AUGUAUUAUUUAAGUCGUAUUGUUGGGGAUGAUCCAAUUGAAGACUUUGUUGGACCUAAAUUUCUAUCUGUACAAGAGACUCUGUCAGUAUACCUUUUUCACAGAAAAAAUUUAAAAUUACAACGAAGAGAGUGUCUUUUAAUUACCAUUGAUAAAGUUCGAGAAAAGUGGUCACAAGCGGAAAUCUCAACGUGCGGAAAAGAUUAUGCAGUCAAUAAACUUUCUAACCUUUUAGACAAAGUGAAAAAUUUACAAAAAAGUUCUAAGCGUAGACAUUCAAAUACUCAGAAGCAGAAAGUGUCAAUUUUUGGUCACAAAUUGAAAAAUUUAUUCGACAUUGCUCAAUUAAAUGUCGAAAAAUUUAUUAAUGACUAUCAGAAGUUAUUUCUGGCCGGUCAAAGAUCAAAAAGUCGGUUUGGAUUAAUUGACUAUACUUUAAAAUCAGAAGAGAUCCAUGAAGAUAUGAUUGUUGAUUGUGCUGGUGAGGAUGAAAGUAAUUUGUUAUUAGCCGCUCAAAAAUCUGGAAUAGUUCAAUCUGACUCAUCAGCGACGACGUCUAGUCAAACGUCAAACCCAGUAUCUGAUUUUUAAAUUCCGAUGAGGCAACCAAAGAAAAUAAACAUAAUGACACCCGAACUUAAUGGAGCACUCGAUCGAGGAAAAGUUAGUAAUAGAAACGCUCUUUUCACAUUAGCUGCUGCAUAUAAGAGUUUGGGAAUUGAUAUUUCAACCCCCAAUCUUAGUUACAGUACACUUCAUCGUGAGCGUAUUAAAUUUAAAACAAACAUCGCAGUAGAUUUGAAAAAGGAAUUCCGUUCAGAAGACCGUUUUGUUGUGCAUUGGGACGGUUGAGUUCUAUGCGAUAUUUCUGAAAAUAAAUCUGUUGAUCGUAUUGCGAUUCUUCUAUCCGUUGCUGGAGUUGAUCAGCUUCUUGCAGUUCUAAAAGUUGACAGUGGGGCAGCACAUCAACAGGCUUCUGCUGUUAUUUCUACUUUGAACCGAUGGAACGUAGUUCCGUACGUGAAAGCGAUGUGUUUUGACACGCCACCGGUCAA